AUGGCGCGGCGGGGCGGUCCGCCGCGGGAGAGCCGGGCCGGUCCUCCUGUUAGGUUCGCCCGGGAUCCCAUUCCGCGGGCGAUUUGCCCCGGAUCCGCGCCCGUCUACCUGUAUGUACCCGGGACGCCUAAUCAGCCGCGUAAUCGAAAAACAAGACAAUGGUCGACCGACGUGCGGGAUUGGCGCACGUGCCCCGGGCAGCACCCCUUUGGGACUACUGUCGCGACAGGCGUCACGAGC